UUGCAAAGUGGUUUGUGAAACGGAGGGACGAAGCAUCCUCCUCCUCCCUCUCUCCGCUCUUGCACGCUGCUGCAGUUAGCCACAGCGGGCUCAGCAGCUCCCGUCAUUUUUCUCGGCUCUCUCCUGAGCGGCCGACUGCAUUCCAUCAACACUGAGGCCACUUUUUCAUCUGAAGAUCGACCUUGCUGUCUAAUCGACCGUUCUCCUAUUACGCCUACUGGAUUACUGAAAACCAGACGUUUUCAUUUGUAUGAUGUGGUCUGUGUACAAAAUGUUAAAAACGUUCUAAUAAGGCUUUCGACUGGAGAUCCGUGAGUAGGCUAUGUAUGUAGGCGGAUAAGAUGGAGAAGGGCAGAUAAAUGACGGAGAGGACAAAUUAAAUCUCCGCGUGUCUUCGUGGGCUCGGUGUGGAUGGUUCUCAAUUUCUCAUAAGCAGAAAAAAGAAAGCAUCGUUACAGCAAUCGGUUAUCUCUUGGAAACAGACAGAAGCUGAAAACCAGGCAGCCUCGGACACUUUCGGUACCUUAGACGGUGGAAAUAGCCUGAAACCUGAUUCAGUCACCAAUCUCAACCUUCUAUUCAACUCCAGCAACUUUAAAGCUGCUUUCUGCCAAUGAAUCGUCCCCCCGGUUUACCAGCUGCAUUUAAUAAGUUUGAUGGAGAUCGUUGUACCUGUGGACAGAGCACUUUAUAAAAGCGUUGAAGCUGCGUGUUUACGAAGUUCUGUUCCAAACACAGGCGAUGAUAGGUUUCCUAUUUUUAAUAUAACGGGAGAAGAGCUUGAUGACAGUCCUCUGCGUUGAUUUGAAUUGUUUGUCGGUUGCAAAAAGCUUACGAUCACAUUAAAAUUAUGUAAAUAACACAGAAUUGCAAAUGGGCUCUCUUCUCUCAGGAACACCAGCGUGGGCUCGUUCAUAGGAUUUCAUUCUUCCCGAGCCACACGCAAUACCACCUUGCUCCCUCCAAGCCGAAAAGUGUAUAGAAGGAAUACACUGACUCCAAGCUUCGCUCAACCUUCAGCAUCCCCCAGCUAUGACAAGGCUUUGCCAAAACCUCCCCCGUAGGCCGGUCUCCCGCUACUCUCUGAUCUUUAUCCUUACUGUUCUAGCCUGCUCCUGCCCGGCUCUAGGCAAGAAGAAGCUCUAUAUUGGAGCCCUGUUUCCCAUGAGUGGAGGUUGGCCUGGUGGACAAGCCUGCCUCCCCGCUGCUCAGAUGGCCCUGGACUUGGUGAAUAAUAGGACAGACAUCCUGCCUGACUAUGAGCUGGAGCUGAUAUAUUAUGACAGUAUGUGUGAUCCUGGUGAGGCCACCAAGCUGCUGUAUGACCUUCUGUACACAGAGCCUAUCAAAAUCGUGUUGAUGCCAGGCUGCAGCUCGGUGUCCACACUGGUGGCUGAAGCUGCUCGCAUGUGGAACCUCAUAGUGCUGUCAUAUGGCUCCAGCUCUCCUGCUCUGUCCAACCGACAGCGCUUCCCCACUUUCUUCCGUACUCAUCCAUCUGCUACACUGCACAACCCCACUCGGGUACAGCUCUUCCAGAAGUGGAAAUGGACCAAGAUUGCCACUAUCCAGCAAACAACAGAGGUUUUUACCUCAACUCUGGAUGAUCUGGAGGAGAGGGUGAAGGAGGCAGGGAUUGAAAUCAGUGUUCGUCAGAGCUUCCUAACCGACCCAGCUGUGGCUGUCAAAAAUCUCAAGCGUCAAGAUGCCAGAAUUAUUGUCGGCCUGUUCUAUGAGACAGAGGCAAGGAAAGUCUUCUGUGAGGUUUACAAGGAGAAGUUAUAUGGGAAAAAGUAUGUUUGGUUCCUCAUUGGCUGGUAUGCAGACAACUGGUUUAAGAUCAAAGACCCAUCCAUCAACUGUACUGUGGAGCAGAUGACAGAGGCUGUGGAGGGUCAUGUAACUACUGAAAUUGUCAUGCUUAACCCAGAAACAGUACGAGGAGCUUCUAACCUGACCUCUCAAGAGUUUCUUGCUCAGCUCAUGUCCAAACUUGGGGGUAAAAAUCCAGAAGAAACAGGUGGUUUCCAAGAGGCUCCGCUGGCCUAUGACGCUGUGUGGGCUCUAGCGCUGGCCCUCAACAAAACCGUUGGGCCCCUUAGGGCCAAGGGUCAUCGUCUUGAAGAUUUUAACUAUAACAACCGAGAUAUCACUGCUGAGGUCUACCGAGCAAUGAACACCAGCUCUUUUGAAGGAGUGUCUGGUCAUGUUGUAUUUGAUGCUCAAGGAUCUCGAAUGGCCUGGACUUUAAUUGAACAGCUUCAAGGAGGAAGCUAUAAAAAGAUCGGAUACUAUGACAGCACUAAAGGCAAUCUGUCCUGGUAUGGGAAUGACAAGUGGAUAGGCUCUGGACCUCCUGCAGACCAGACAGUGGUCAUUGAAGAGUUCCGCUACCUGUCUCAGAAGCUCUUUGUGUCUGUGUCUGUCUUUGCUGGGUUGGGAAUCCUUCUGGGAAUUGUCUGCCUCACUUUCAACAUUUACAACAGCAACGUCAGGUACAUUCAGAACUCUCAGCCCUACCUUAACAACAUGACAGCAGUAGGCUGCAUGAUGUCUCUGGCUGCUGUCUUUCCUCUGGGUAUUGAUGGCCUUCAUGUCCACAGGAAGCAGUUUCCUGUCAUCUGCCAGUUUCGCCUGUGGCUGCUUGGCCUGGGUUUCAGUCUUGCAUAUGGCAGCAUGUUCACCAAGAUCUGGUGGGUUCACACUGUCUUCACAAAGAAGGAUGAAAAGAAGGAUAAGAAGAAGCACCUGGAACCAUGGAAACUCUAUGCGACUGUUGGCGUUCUGCUUGGCAUUGACAUCCUGUCCCUCAUGAUCUGGCAGAUUGUUGAUCCUUUGCACAUCACAGUGGAGAAAUUUACCAGAGAAGCUCCCAAAGGGGAUCUUGAUGUUUUGAUCCAGCCCUUACUGGAGCACUGCAACUCAGAAAAGAUGAACACCUGGCUUGGUGUGGUAUAUGGUUAUAAAGGCUUACUACUGCUGCUUGGCAUCUUCCUGGCCUAUGAGACCAAGUCCAUCUCUACAGAGAAAAUCAAUGAUCAUCGUGCUGUUGGCAUGGCCAUCUAUAAUGUUGCCGUACUGUGUAUGAUCACAGCUCCAGUCACCAUGAUUCUGUCCUCCCAGCAGGAUGCCUCUUUCGCCUUCGCCUCUUUAGCCAUUGUCUUCUCAGUCUACAUCACCCUGGUGGUUCUGUUUGUCCCCAAGAUGCGGCGUCUGAUAACACGAGGUGAGUGGCAGUCAGACACCCAGGAGACCAUGAAGACAGGUUCAUCCACCAAUAACAAUGACGAGGAGAAGUCCAGACAACUAGAGAGAGAGAACAAGGAACUGCAGAAGAUCAUCCAGGAGAAAGAAGAACGUGUGUCAGAGCUGAGAAACCAGCUGUCUGAGAGACAGGCCCUGCGAUCAAGGAGAAGAGCGUCCACCAUCACUUAUCAGAACCACAGCCCCCCUCCCUUUUCCAUCACCCAGAGUGACCCCAGGUCUUUGGCCCCUCCUCCAGGAUACCCAGCGCCUGCCUCUGACCCCCAUCCCGUUCCACAGUCCUUCGCCAACUCGUCCAGCCUCUACCAGUCAGACAGCAAAAUCAGUCGAAAUAAGUGCCACACUAGCCGGCUUCAGCUACUCUACAAGUAAGAUGGUGGUUAAGAGUGGCAGGAUGAGGAUAGUAAUACAAGUUUGAAAAAUAAAUCAAUAUCUAAGGUUUCAAAUGCACAUAAAUAAAGGUAAAGGAUUUUCCCUCAGACAGAAAUGAGUGCAGCAAGAUAUGUUCCAGUCAAGCAACAGCUCAAUAAAAAACACUGGCGAGAACGCACAUACACAGAUAUACACCCUGUGAUAGCAUAUGUUCUUUUGAUUAAAUUGAUUGAGGCAUGAGCAGUGUCUUUAAAUGUCCCCUGGUUUUAAGGUCACUGGUUUACCACUACUACUACAACUUGAAAACAGUAGAGCGGCUGUAGCUCAGGAUGUAGACUGGGUCAUCCACCCGUUGGCUCCUCCAGCCAAACCACAUCAAAGAAUCCUUGGCCAAGAUCCUGAGUUGCCCCAAAGGCAUCCAUCACAGUAUGAGGUUAAAAGCACUUAGGCAUAGAAAAAAAGUGCUUAAAUGAAUGUGUGUGCAAAUGGGUGAAUAAGAAUUGUAGUAAGGAAGCACUUUGAGUGUUCAAAUACAGUAGAAAAAUGCUAUAUGUGUACCAGUCCAGUAUUUUCUAAGCUAAUCUCUGCUGGAUUUGUUUUUGAUUUAUUGCUCUGGAUAAAUUUCCUGCCAACUGAAGUCAGUGACCAAAUUUGUAACCGGUCUGUUCUCUAUUAGAUUUAAAUGGUAGCCUACAAAAUUAGCAAGGUUAGUUUAGUUUUAAACCUGUGCUGGUGCUCACUGUUUGGUGAAAGAGGAGCAGAGGUCUGUCCAAGAAAUCUGUCUUCCAGUUUUGAUGAGUGAAAUAUUAUUAUUUCAUUAGUAUGUUUUUUAAUACUAAUUGGCAGGUAUCCGCAGUGUAUGCCCAGUGCACCAGUAUAGUUAGUCGUUGCAGUUUGCUAACCAGGCAAGAGAUGGCCAAUGAUGGUGACCAAAAUGCUUCCAUUAAGGCUUCAACAUGUCUCCUGGUGGCUGCAUCCAUCCUUGUUAUUACAGUUUCAAACUGGUUGGGUUUAUAUACAGAGUGGUAGAGUUGUAGAACAACAAACUUGCCUGAAGACUAGGCUAUUUGCUAUUUGUGUUAUAAGCAGAAUAGAUAUAAUUAUAGCAUACUACAUUUGUUCCCCAAUGAUAAUAUCUUUGAGCAAACCAAAAGACUAUGUUUACAGCCUUUUAUUGUUGUGGUGUGCAUUCCUACAAUGUGUAACUAAAUUUCUGUGUACUAGAUUUAAUGCAGAAGUACAAAUCAAGUUUAACAUUGCAUACAAUAGUAUUUUCAGCAGUGACAGGUUUACCAUCAAAAUUCAAAGUAAUCAUUUAUGAAACAACAAGAAGAGCAUUCUAUCUGUGAUGACCACUGACACACCUGAACACUGAAGAUGAUGAGAGUUUCUUUAGCUGAAUCAAAGGCACUUUGAUAUGCACACAGUUAUCAGCAUGUCUAUUAUGAUGAUUCAUGAUAAAGCUGCUGACCCAGGCAUGAUUGCCAGCAUCCCCCACUGGUGUAUGUAAUAGACAUAGUGUCAGGUUUUACACAAGUGGACCCAGGUGGCAGAUCAUUCAGACAGACACGGCUGCAGUUAAACAGGUUUAUUUACAGUGAGGACGAAUAUCAAACAUAACACUGAGAUGAGGGAGCACAUUUAAUGGAAACCUCAAACUAUCCAGAGGGGGAAGAGGAGAGAAGGAAGUUUGCGACCGAUAGGAACAGAGCUGAGGAGAUACGGAAAUGCUCACAAGGAAUUAGAGAGCUUACUCGCCACACGGUUAGUACGGACUUGGGUGAGGUACAUAGAGCCGGAGGUUGAGGCGGGGACCAGCGACAGUGUAGGCGAGUGGGCUGACAGGGUCCAGAAGAGAUGAACUCAGGUAGCACGGUGAAGCAGACAGGUGGAUGGCUGGGCAGAUAGUGUCGUGAACUGACCGGAAACAGAGGAGAAGGAAAUCUGUGAAUACCUUGGUUAUCAAACUAGUACAUAAAAUACGGGUGAUUUGUUACUGCUUGAGGCUUAGACAAUAAUCUGACACCUGAGAGCUGCUUCUUAAAUAGUCCAACUAAUGAUGCCUGAUGCUCAAAGGGUGCAUCAGGGAAACCGUGAUGAUCACAGCCCAGCGGCCUGCUCCAAAAAAGGAAACAACACAAAACACAAUAGAACAGACCCGUCCCAGCUUUUAAAUCACAGUUUAAAAAAUAAUCAAAUGCAGAUAACAACAGCCUAGCAAUCAUUUAGAACUCAUAAUAUGGUCUUCUAAUGUGGUUAAAUAGUGAUUGAAGAGACUGACAAAAAAAUAUGAUUUUUUUUAAUGAAUGUUGCAAAUUUUGUUAGUGGUUAUGUUCAUUAUUUAAUUAGCUUUGUCACUGUAGCUCUUCUGGUUAAAUGUUUGAUGGUGGUUUAAACAGUGUUCCUGGUCGCUGUUUAGAGAGAAUCCAUAGUUGGGUGUGUUCAUGCUAAACCCCUCACUGUCAAGGGCAGUGCUAUCAUUGGACUUCUACAAUCCGGGUUUCUCAUUUCUCAGUAAAAUGUCUUGAAGAGUUUAAAAUUAGAUUCAAACAAGAUUAGAUCUUAAAAUGUUUUAUUUAACCUUAAUUUGCUGUAGGAAUUACAUUUGCAGAUCUUAUGUUUAAGGCUAUAAAAUACAACAUUACCAAUUUUUAAAUCAGUUUUUAGACCUUUUUUUCUAGUUGCUCAGUAUUGUUGCUGCUUAUUUAUGUCGUGAGCAUAUAUUUCUUUUAGGAUGUAAUUACACUGUCCAAUACACUUGGGGGUGCUAAUGUCAUGAUUUCUGUUGUGUUUUACUGUUCCACUGGUAAGUUUACAGCAGCACAUGUGGUACAUCUUAGCACAGUAUGGGUGUCAGCUAAACAUAUGAAUUGAAAAAACAUUAUAACAUUUCUGUUGUUCUUUUGUGAACAUUUUCUAAUAGUUCUACCAGUAUCCCGUUUUUCUCUUUAGAGAAAUGUACAAUUGGUGUUGAAUUCUAACUGCAAGCGUGAAGGUAAUAUGUCAGCUAGGUCAGGGCAAUAUGGCCAAAAAUAUUUAUCACGAUGUAUAUUUGAAAAUUUGCGAUAACGAUAUAACUGACGAUAUAAUUGACACGAGACAAAAUACUUUACAACUCCACAACUUUAUUAGUGCAAAAAAAACUCCCCCAUCAAUGUAUUUUCACUUAAACUAGCAGCUGUUUUUCAUGUGCAUUAAAGAUAUAUAAAAAUUUAACAGUGCAAAUGCAAAUUUCUUGCUGACAGUUCAACCAAAAGGCAUUUCCAGUGGAAAUUGGCCGACAUAUCCUGACCAUAACCAUAUAUAAUAUCCACAAAACUUAAAAAGAGGUUAUACAUACACAAUGCAGCACAGUAUGUAUUACUCCGCGAGGCUCCUGCCUACGGUAGCCAAAUGCUCCAACAAUCCAUCAAGCGGUGCGGCUUCAUAGCUUACAAAAGUCGUACUAAAACAUUUUUUGACAGAUUUUUGAGCGCCGUGUAGCACUUAAAAUCGGUUCAGUAAUAACGACAGCCAGCUUGCAUGCUCUGCCAAAAAUUGUGCUUUGGUGUGUAUCUGAUGGAUGAAAGCCAAACCAGUUGCACACCACUGAAGUUGCACAAUUUUUACAAACCAAUUCUGGUUCUUCUGUUUCAUUCAACAAUCCGCUUUCACCCUUCUCAUUCUCCAUCACCGCCAUGCUUUUUUCGCCAUGUGCGUGUGAAAACAAAGGCACUGCGCAUGUGCGUUUUACCCAUAUUCUAUCACGAUAUUUCAUUUUCUUAUCAUUGCCUAACAUUAUACCGGUAUUACCAUGAACAGUAUGAUAUAUUAAGUAAAGAAUGGUUAAUUAUAAUAAAUGCAGCCCUUAAUCUACCACAAGGGAUCAAAAAGUUAAGUUAAGUAUUAUCCUGUACCAUUCCAUUAUGUGCUUGCUGUCACUGACAGACCCUAUGUGUUGAUGUUUACUGGGAGUGGCGCUUAGGGGACAUGCAUGUAAAUCAGUAAAAAGUAAUGAAAUUAUGGACAGCAGACUACAUGUAACAACCAAAUGGAAUUAAAUAACACAAUUGCAAUAUAACUAAUAUUUUUCUUUACUCUAAUCAUCACACACAGAUUUUUCUGUGUGUUUCACUGCGUUGUGAAAAGGCUGAUUGAUUCCAGGAGCUACAUGUAAUACCAGACCAGCUUUCAAUUAAAAAUGGUAAACCUGUUGACUAUAUGGCCAGCAGUGUAUUUCAGACAACUCUAAUGAACAGUUCCUGUCACCUUGUUUUUGAAGCUCAAAGUAGAGUUCGCUGCAGGGUAUUCAGUUCAGUUCAAUUCAAUUUUAUUUGUAUAGCGCCAAAUCAAGGCACUUUAUA